CCUCGCCAAACCUUGCUCGCUAAUUAUGUCGGACUUCAUGCCGUUGAAGAGGGGAAUGGAAAGUCUGGACUACCCUGUCGCUUCUAUUAUGACGCGGUAUCAAGGAGCGGAAGUUCCACACGUUGAAAGGGACAUCGUUGCACGUGGGUGUACCUUUGUGUCUUGUUCGUUGACACCUUAUCUGUCAAGGCCGCCAAAAAUUUCGAUGCUUACAACCUUUACAAUCAUUCAGACAGCCAUGGCUUUGAAAAUCGGGAUAGCGGCAAUGGAAAGAUCUUCUAUUAAAGACAAGGCAACGGCUCUAAAAAGAUGGAUUCUGGAUGUAGUAGUUCGAAAAUACCCUUUUUUUCCAUCGCCAUUUCAUUCGAAUUCCAAUUUGCAAAAUGGUGUCUCAAAAUGGGAGCAAUCCCGACAGAAUGCCUAGAGCCUCUUGGAUCCAAGGUGCAAAGUUUCUUGGAAUGGCCGGCGUAGGUUUCUUCGCGGAUGGCUACCUCAAUAUCACCAUUGGACUCGUUGUACCUGUUCUAGGUUAUAUCUACUACAAAGAUCAGAAGAAUGCAGUGCCUACUGUGCCAGCGUCAGUUAUCAAGGGAGGUUUGAGUAUUGGUAUGAUUGUAGGACAACUAGUCUUUGGAGUUCUCGGAGAUGCAAUUGGGAGAAAGAAGAUCUACGGGAAAGAGCUUAUGAUCACGAUGUUUGGCACUCUUAUGGUCAUCGUACUUCCGACGGAUCUCUCGCACGAUGGUAUCGUAGCGUGGCUAACAGUGUGGAGAAUUGUGACUGGUGUAGGAAUCGGUGCUGACUAUCCCAUGUCGUCGACCAUCUCCGCAGAACACAACCCCUUUGGAUCUCGUGGCAAGCUAGUGUUGGCAGUAUUCGGUUCCCAGGGCGUGGGAAAUCUUGCUGCAGGCAUUGUCUUCCUUGUUCUGUUGGUAGCAUUCAAAUCUUCGAUAGCUCAGGACGUCAACCGUCUUGAGUGGGUCUGGAGGCUUUUGCUCGGCAUUGGAAUCAUUCCGGCUGCAGCAACUCUCUACGCUCGACUUCGAAUGCGUGAGAGUGUCCCGUACCAGAAAUGUGAGUUCAACAUAAAUGUCGAACACAAAGGUGACGGAUCCAGGAUGGAAGACGCACCGAGAGGCUUACGUCAACAAUGGGUCGACUUCAAAGAAUACUUCUCAGACAUUAGACAUGCGAAGAUCCUGUUUGCAACUUCUGCUUGUUGGUUUCUCUUUGACAUUGCAUUCUAUGGCAUCAACCUCAAUCAGAGCAUCAUACUAUCUCAAAUCGGCUUCGGAAAGGGGAAGACCACAUGGGACACCCUUCAUAAAUUGGCGAUAGGCAACAUCAUAGCCUCUGCUGCAGGAUAUCUACCUGGCUACUAUGCUGCAAUUCCUCCCAUUGACAUCCUCGGUCGUACCCGGCAGCAAUUUAUUGGUUGCAUUACACUUACUUGUUUAUAUGCUAUCUGGGCUGGUGUCGCAAACAUCGCCCCAAGUGGAGUGCUAAUCACAAUCUUCACACUCUCUCAGUUCUUCCUCAAUUGUGGAGGCUCAGCAACAACUUUCCUUAUCCCCGUCGAAGUCUUCCCAACUCGGGUCAGAUCAACAGCGCACGGCAUCUCUGCCGCAUCUGGCAAAGCUGGCGCAGUUCUUACAGCCUUCGCAUUUGGUUCGGUCACGAAUGCCAUCGGUAUAAGAGGUGUUCUUGGCAUCCUCAGUGGUGUAAUCUUCCUCGUUGCUCUCCUGACCCUGAUGAUUCCAGAGACCAAGGGCAAGACUUGGAAGAGAUCGAAAAUGGAGUCUUGUAUGGCGAGGCAGUUGGUCACGAGCCUGCUUCGAACGAGCUAUUUGUGGCUCAUAAGUCCUCAACUACUGGAUCAUCUAACGAAGCCGACGCUCUAG